UGUUUUUUUUUAUUGCCUAUUUCUUGAUGUGAACCAGGUCUGCAUCGGUGAUGACAUAUAAAUAGCGCUCCUCAUCGGUCGAUGUUUUUAAAUCCGAGUACGCAUGGAAGAGUCCACCUGUUGCAAUGAUUCACUGGAGUUCAGUGUCGCGGAGCCGAAAGAUUACGAUUCUGCGUUGGAUUUCGCUAUCAAGUACUACUACAAAGAUGAACCGAUGAACAAUUCAUACAUCGGGGGCAGUAGCCCAGCGGACGACGAUGUCGAGUUCUCCGUUUCAUUCCUGCUCCAAGGGAUGGCAGUGAAAGCAGUGGAUCGCCAUAGUGAAAAUCGACUGGUUGGACUAUCUAUCGCUAAUCCCAUCUACUCAGGAUACGUGGAUGACUUGCUGGAAGCGGCUGAGCAAGCUAAAACUCAAAAAUGGCGCGACAGUUUGAAGCUGUUGGCUCAUUUACAGCAAUCGGUAAACGUUCUUCAAAGAUUUAACGUUGAAAAAUGCUACGACAUCGAAAUUGUGGCUGUUCAUCCGGACUAUCGUGGACGGUCCAUUGGAGCAAGGUUAUUCCAAGGGCAGUUCGAUCAAGCCAAGCAGCUAGGAUAUUCACUGGUAAGUGCGGACUGUUCAAGCUUCUACUCGGCACAGAUUGCGGAACGAGUCGGAAUGGAACGAAUCGGAAGACUUGCCUAUUCGGAUUACAGGGAUGGAAACGGAGUUCAGCUGUUUCAGCCAAAAGAGCCACACUUGGAAAUACAAACCUUUGCCAAAUUGUUGCAUUAG